UGUUAGGUUUAUCUUAUACAAGUAGUUUGAGCCAUAGGUUAAAAAGCGCUUAGCGACCCUAUUCACCCCCUCCCCCUCUAGGGUCGGACACCCCGGUGAUCCUUACACCCGUACACGUCUUCUCAAAAUGGUAAAGCUAAACGUAUGAUUCGUUCCAUUAAUAACAUCAUUCGCUCCAUGCUUUUUCAGGCCUCCCUCCCACCCUCGUAUUGGGUCGAGGGCGUCCACACCGCCACAUACCUCCUGAACCGCCUCCCUACUAAAACAUUGGCUUUCGGUACUCCCCACUUCUCCUUGUUCGGUUCUCACCCCACCUAUGCCCACCUUCGCGUGUUUGGCUGCGCAUGUUACCCUAACAUGUCCGCAACAGCACCGAACAAGCUCGCGCCCCAGUCAACCCUCGGUGUUUUUCUUGGCUACUCUAGUAAUCACAAGGGUUACCACUGUUUGGAUCUCUCAUCCAACAGAAUCCUCACUUCUCGCCUUGUGGUGUUCGAUGAGGCAUCCUUUCCACUCGCUGGCUCUCGAACAUCACCCACUGAUCUUGAUUUUUUGUCUGAGUUUGAGGUCUCGGUCUUCCCGAUCGGGCCCUCCCCUGCAGGUGCUCCUCACCACGCCUCGCCUGGCACCUCGCCCGCUGCGGUCGCUGCGACCAACGUCACACCCGCUCCGGCCGCUGACGCCCCAGGCCCGCAGCUCCUGGUGCCGCUCCUACACUCCGCGCCACGUGCGGCCUCGGCUCCCUCGUCACCGCCCGCGCCACGCGUGGCCUCGGCUCCUUCGUCACCCAGCGCCCGCGCCACGCGCGGCCUCGUCGCCAGCGCCCUGUGCAGCCCCGUCACCAGCGCCCGCGCCACGCGCGGCUCCGCCUUUACUGGUGUACAGCCGCCGACCUCGUCCGGCCGCUGCGCCAGCACCGCCGGCGCCUUCUCCACCACCUGCCGCCACUGUCCCAGCUCGGUUACCACCUGGUGCUGUCCCCAUUGCGCCGGUGGUUAACCAGCAUGGGAUGGCUACCCGUGGCAAGUCCGGCUUCCGUCAGCCGGCCGCGUACACCGCCACAGUCCUCUCGCCGGUUCCGAAGACCUAUCGCAGCGCCCUCGCCGAUCCCAAUUGGCGCGCUGCGAUGGAAGAGGAGUAUGGUGCCCUGCUCUCCAACAACACGUGGGACCUUGUUCCACGUCCCCUCGGCGCCAACGUCGUCACCGAACUGGCCGGUGCAUCAGCUCGACGUCAAGAAUGCUUUCUUGCAUGGCACCCUCAGCGAGACAGUCUACUGCUCCCAGCCCACAGGUUUUGUUGAUCCCACCCAGCCUCAUGCUGUCUGUCGUCUCAACAAAUCAUUAUAUGGUCUGAAGCAGGCACCCCGUGCAUGGUACAGUCGUUUCGCUGCACAUCUGCUCUCUUUGGGAUUCACUGAGGCCAAGUCAGACACCUCUCUGUUCGUGUCAAUGAUACAGCCUACUUACUGCUGUAUGUCAAUGAUAUUGUUCUCACUGCCUCCAGUCUGGACUUUCUUCGUCACAUCAUCUCUGCUCUCCAGAAGGAAUUCUCCAUGAAGGAUCUUGGUGUCCUCCAUCACUUCCUGGGUGUGGCAGUACAGCAGUGUUCUGCGGGCCUCUUUCUUUCGCAGCGGCAGUACACCCUGGAUGUGCUUGAGCGAGCUGGUAUGACUGACUGCAAGCCGUGCAGCACCCCUAUCGACACUCAUGCUAAGGUCUCCUCCACGGAUGGUGCACCUGUCAGCGGUCCGACUCAGUAUCGCAGUCUGGUUGGUGCUCUGCAGUAUCUCACCUUCACCAGACCCGACAUAUCGUAUGCAGUUCAGCAGGUGUGCCUCUACAUGCAUGAUCCUCGGGAUGGCCAUCUCUCGGCGGUUAAGCGCAUCCUGCGCUACCUGCGAGGGACACUGGGUCAUGGUCUUCUUCUGCGCCCGUCUUCGACCUCGGCUCUUGUUGUCUACACGGAUGCUGAUUGGGCUGGUUGCCCAGACACUCGCAAGUCUACUUCCGGCUACGCUGUGUUCCUUGGCGACAACCUGGUGUCCUGGUCCUCCAUGCGGCAACCCACUGUCAGUCGGUCCAGUGCAGAGGCAGAGUACCGUGCUGUGGCCAAUGGCGUUGCCGAGGCUUGCUGGCUUCGUCAGUUGUUGCAGGAGCUACACAGUCCCCUGACGUCCAGCACACUGGUCUAUUGUGAUAAUGUCAGUGUCGUCUACCUGUCAACCAAUCCAGUCCAACACCAGCGCACGAAGCAUGUCGAGAUCGAUCUCCACUUUGUCCGCGAGCGUGUUGCUAUUGGAGAUGUCCGUGUUCUUCACAUCCCGACGACGUCCCAGUUCGCAGACAUCUUCACCAAAGGGCUUCCGACUUCAGUUUUUUCUGAGUUUCGCUCCAGUCUGAACAUCUGCUCUAUCGACAUUCCGACUGCGGGGGGUGUUAGAGAGUUUAUCUCCUCUAAUAGAGUCUAUCCCUUCCCCUG